CCCCCAUUGAACCGUCGAUAUGUCGACUGGCCAUGAUCCUGCAUCUCUGGCCAAUGCGACAUCACCUGAUAUUGCCCCAGCGAAUACGCUCCCAUCUGUCGACUCAACUCAACCACCUUCUCUAGUCGCUUCCUCAACGGAUGCGCCGGCGACCACAGCUCCCUCAAUCAAUGCUCCGCCGUAUGACACGACUGCUAGACUUGGAAUCAGGUCUUUCUCUCCAGCUAUUGAAGAAAUCCUGAAACGCUUACCUCAAAACUCGCUUUCCGCUGUUCAUGGUACACAAGAGUGGGAAGCUGCGAGAAACGCCGUCUUGAAGAACAUGACCAUUUCGACUACAUUAGACGACUCGCAUGUGGAUGACUCUGCCUUGAGAAUAGUAAAAGAGGAGCAAAUGGAUACUGACAUGGACGUUACGACCCCCGUCGUUAGAGGUGGACGAGGAAGAACCCGCGGCGGACGCCCUCGUGGUAGCCGUGGAAGGGGCAGAGGCAGAGGUGCCUUGACUGGAGAUGUCAUGACACCUUCAUCAGCAGCUAUGGCCACACCAACAUCUACAGGUCGAGGCCGUGGAAGGGGAAGAGGGGGUAGACCGAGAGGGAGAGGUGGCAGAGGUGGAAGGAAACCAUUGGCUGAAGGCAUCAAAAUUCAUGAAGUCAGCUCUGACAGCGAUGAUGAUGUUAUUGACGAUGCCGAAAACACCCCUCUGGCGACAACUUCUCGAUCUGGCCGCGCAAUCACAAAACCCACCACUUUCGUACCCGUCAUACCCUCACCCACAUCUGGCGUCAAACGCAAGCGCAAUUGGGGACGUAGAAAUCCGGAAUUGGCAGUCUGCAAGGCCUGUCUUCGACCGCAUAGUCCAGCCACCAACAUGAUAGUAUUUUGUGAUGGCUGUAACACUCCUUACCACCGCUAUUGCCAUUAUCCCCCCAUCAGUCAGGAGGUUGUAGAUGUUCCCGACAUGGAAUGGUUUUGUUCGGACUGUACCGUUCGACCACCACCAGAGGUUGACAUUGACUCGUUUGUGUCAGGUGGAGAAUUGACAGAAGAGCAGAAACGAGAAGUCUUUACUUUACUACCAUCACAUACGCUGGUAGAGCUAUUGCUACGGGCAGACAGAUCACAUCCAGAGCUGGCAUUGUUCCCGCCUGGAGCAUACCGAACACCUCUGCCUACCACACUCUCAGCAUUGCUUGAUCCUCCCAAACCUGCAGUUGAGCCUCUACCACCAAACCCGCCUGAGCCUCCCUCAGAUGAAUCCGAGCAUGCAUACUAUCCAUUACCAGUGCGACCAGAUGAUGAUGUGGAUGAAGGCUAUAAUGAGCUUGAUAACCCCACGGCGAAUUAUCCAAGACCCGGUCAAGGAUUGGGAGCUACACUUCCUGCCGAGGAGACACAUCUGGAUUGGCUGGUUGAUGACAAUGAAGAAGUCUACAGCCAUUUCCAACCUGCCGACAGAAUUGGUGACAUGGAUGCAACCAUGGCAGGUGCAGAGGAGAUGGUCAACUGAAUCUGAUUGAAGGAGAGCUAUACUAUUCUUUGCUGUAUAUAUUCAUUACCUAUCACAAGAUGAGUUUGCAAGAAAGAGAAGACGAAGCGGUGCCAAGAAG